AGGACAAAUUAUAGUCCUUGUAUACUCGAUUUCUACGUGCUCCAUAUUUUCUACACAACUCUUCCUAAUUUCCUUGUCUCUCUCAACAUGAUGAAGCAGAACCAGAGCAACCGGGUGGCUGUCCGUUCAAAGCUAACGGCAGUAUCCAGCCGGCCGGUGAACCCGGGUACGAUCCAUUCUUUCACGGGUCUGGAUCAUGCAAUGGCCCUGCACAGCGUUCACGUGAUAUUCUACUACAAGGAGAAGCUGUUUUCAUAUUUCGACUUGGACCCGUUUAGGGUGUGUCUCUCGGAGACCCUAUCGCUGUACCCGCCGGUGACGGGUCGGAUAGUCCGGAGAGAGGUCGACGGUGAGUGGGAGGUCAAGUGUAACGAUGCCGGCGUGAGGGUGGUGAAGGCCACGGUGGCGACAACACUUGAUGAGUGGCUGGCAACUGCUGAUGGGGCGGAGGAGAGGUUGUUGACGGCGUGGGAUGAUAUGCCUCAUGGUGAUUCUAGUUUAUGGUCGCCGUAUAGAAUCCAGGUGCGUACUCCGAUCCGGCCGGCUCUUUCCCUCUUUAACGAAACAGAAAAAGCAUAUAGGAAAAAAACAGUUUACCUAAACACAAAGUCAUUACGCGCUUAUUACGAAGCCAAGUCCAUGGCAGCACAGACCCCAUUAGUACUAAAGAAAAUGGGCACAGCCACUUUCAAAUUUUCCAAUGAAGUGAUCAAGCAAAGCCUCUUAGAAAUUCACCAAACAUGCCCUGUUGCAACCCCGUUUGAUUUGCUGGCUGCACUCUUUUGGGCACGCAUUGCUCGCUUGAAGCACCUGAAAAGCGAAAGCAAGCACUCCCUUUCCAUUUGUGUCGACUUCAGGAAGAAGCUCCCGCUCUCUUAUGGGCACUACGGCAAUGCCUUGCAUUUUUCGUUGAUUUCAUUACCUGAUAUGGAAGAAAAGGAUGACUUCGGAGAUGUGGCCAGAGCCGUGCACCGCCAUGUGUCAAGUCAGGGGGAGGGGGAGUUUUGGUUUGCUUUAGACUGGUUUGAAUCACGAAAGGAAGAGGGAGGUCAGUUUGGGGCAUCUUUUAGGAUGUAUGGCCCCGAGUUGACAUGUAUGAGCAUGGAGCACAUGGUUGACUUUCCUGGGAUUACUGGGAAUAAGCCUUUGAUGUAUACAGCUGUGUUUGAUAAGGAGAACAGGCCCGUACACGUGUCAUAUCAUGUUGGAAAUGUGGAAGGGGAAGGGUUGAUAAUGGUGAUGCCAUCUCCGGAAGGAGGGCUGGCAAGGAUGGUUACGGUGACAUUGCCGAAGGAGGAACUGGAGCAGCUAUGUCAGGAUGAAGCUAUUUCGAGCUUAAACCCAAUAAUGGUCAUAAGUGGGACGAGACGAGCAUAAAUUUUCUAUUAUAUCUAUCUUAAGGGAAUAAAAGAUCCUAUUCUCAAAAAAAAAAAAA